UUCAGUUUUGAUAUUUUAUAUUGUAAAAAAUUGUAAUUGAAAACAUACAUAGUAGAUGUGCUCAAAACUAUGUAUAUAUGCGUAUUGGGCAAUGGCAACAUUGUUCAAAUGAAAACAAACAAAGAUGGCUGAUUUCUGCGUUUUUACCACACAUUUUGCUCGAUAAGGAAGGAAAAGGAAGGAAGGGAGUAGCGUUUUUGACUGAUUCUGCUAGACGCGAUUUUAUAUUGCGAAAUAAACUAUGUGCAAGUAUAUUAACAAAAACCAAUUUGAAUAUUUUUAGAUGGCAGAAAAUAAACAACGCACAGUUUGCUAACCAUUUUUCCAAUAUUCUUAAUUUCUAAAUAAAUAAAAAUAACUAAGAGAAAAUAUUAACGGAUUGUUUUGGUAUUUUUGAAAAAUCAAUAUAAAUUUAAAGAAAAAAAUCGUUUAUUAUUACCUUCGUGAACAGAUAAUAGAGUGAAUUUAAAAGAAAUAAUUGAUUGUAAUGCGAAGAAAGUAUGCGAAAAAAGUUUUUAGUUACCAGUUGCGGUAUCAGAGAACGUGAUUGUCGGUCACUGGUAUUAUGUGGUGCAAUAGCGUCAUCUAUGAUAUUGGAGACAAUGUGUCAAUUAUUUAUUUACGAGCUCAGCGACUAAUUGCGUUCCACAUUUAUCCACUUAGCAGAGUCCACUACCAAAGGUCACGAUUCCUACAAAAUUUAUGAUUGAACCCAAAAGUAGUUUAUGGUAAGGUGGUCUGGACAGAAGUGCCAAAUUCGCUCAUAGUACAAUCUAUGCAUAUCAACUCGGAACUUUAAUGGAAUAUCAAAUGGAAUAUCAAUGUCAAAAAAAAUUGAAAGAACAUGAAAGUCUAAGCGGUUUAACAUGUUCACCCCAACGUGGAUUAAAUAAGGACACGACUUCAAUAAGCAAAACUAAACAAAACUUACCGCCAUUUGCAAUAAUGCAGAAAACAGAUGAUAUGUGUUCACGUUCACCCGUGUCAACAGUUAAAGGAUCUAAAGCUCCAAGAUGUUUACCCAAUAUUAAUUCCUAUGAUUCAACGAGGCAACCACCACUAAGUCCAUCCGCACGGAGAUCCCACGGAGCUCAAAGCUCAUACUCCGAUCCAUUUAUAAUGGCUAGUAGAGGUGGACAUUUGUCCAACAUGAAUGAAAACCCACGUAGUCCGAAAAUAACAACCACUUAUGCUAAUGAUAGUUACGAUGAUGCCUCUUCAACACCAUCCUUUUAUCAUACACCGACUUCUGGUUCACAUAGUCCGAGAGGAAUUUCAUCCCACGAAAACUCAAUGGAUUCACCGUCUUCUGGAACAUUUCUUAGCGGUCCAGGAACAUCCUCACCUCGACGAAGUCCUAAUUCACCCAGAAAAUUCGUAUUUGAGGCCAUAAGCCCAGUCACGGAUUACUCUUAUAAAAAGUUUGAAUACUACGAACCUAUUACUCCUGAAGAUGAAAUUUCUAAUGAAAUCUAUGAAAUAAAUACAGCUGAACAUUUUGGCACAUCAUCACGAAUACCCACCUCACCAAAAAUAUGUGAAGCAAAAGGAAAGAACGCAAAACCACUUUUGCGUUCCUCACCUUUAGAAAAUAUUUCUAAUUUAUAUGAAAGUCAGCAAAACAGUAAGAAGGUGAAGCCACCAGAGUGGGAAAUAUCUCAAAUUGAUGAGCAUUGUUUGAUUAGUAAUAAUUAUUAUAUGAAAAGAGAUUCGUGUGUUACAGAGAGCACACAGCUGUCAUGUGACUCGAAUGAUACAACAAAUUGUACGAUUGCUACUGUUACCACAUCUUUCUCUGAGCAAUCAAAAACUGAUGCUGUUUUGGAAGGAUUUGUAUCAAAAGAAGCGACCCCAUUUGAGUUACAAGGAAGAAGUAAACAUCGAAGACACGCUAUCAAUAUAACAUCCAAUCCCUGUUAUCAGGUAUUACACAGUUCACACUCUACUUUAGAUCGUACCUGUUCAGACAGUGCGGCAUCACUGAAGCACCGUAAAUCAACCAGUGAUUUGACUGGAGACUCCGAAUGUGUUCUAAAUAAGAAUAAAAUUUUAGAAGAAUCAAUUUCCACAAGUUAUAAGCUCAGGCGAAGGGGUAGUUCUAAAGGCGGUCUGGCAUAUUUAGCUAGUCGCCGCAGUUCACGGGAGUCUAUGAAAAGUGUGUGCUCCACCACAUCUGUCUUUUCCAACGAUGAUAUUGGGCCAUUAGCUUUUCAAGCAUCAAACCGCGGACGGCAACGUCGAACGUCAAACUUCCUUGAACUACCAGUUCCAGAUCAUAUAAGACCACGUGUAUGUUCUCUACCUGAACGUCCAUAUAAUCCUCGGGCUAGUGAUGAUCUUUACCGGCUAAGACACUUUUCAAUAAGCAAGGGCAACGUAGUGAACUGUGGUGACUCCAUUAUCUCGAGGCGGUCGCGUAGUAACACCAGUGUCAACUCUACUAACAGCAGAGCAAGUGAACGUUCACCAUUCGAGGGAUCAUGCUGUGGAGGUGGGUAUGCUAAUGUAGACUCGGUUCCUUCAUCACCUCAUUCGGACGAUCUCGAACCUCCACCACCAGCACGUUAUCGUAUAGUUAUGUUAGGGGAUUCAGGUGUUGGAAAAACAGCUUUGGUAAAUCAAUUUAUGACGUCGGAAUAUAUGCACACCUAUGAUGCUAGUCUAGUUGUAGAUGACGAAUUUGGUGAAAAGACGGUGAGCGUUUUGUUGGACGACGUAGAAUCAGAGUUGGUAUUCAUUGAUCAUCCAAGAGUGGAAAUGAGCGUGGAAAACUCGUUAUCAACUUAUGAGCCGCACGGAUGUGUUGUUGUAUUUUCUGUGGUUGAAAAAUCAUCGUUCCGAGUUGCAGAAGAAAUUAUAAAAUACUUGUGGCAGGAAAACUAUAUUAAAGAUAAAUCUGUUAUUAUAGUAGGGAACAAAGCGGAUUUAGCACGUGCUCGAGUUAUCUCAACACAAGAAGGAAAAGCGUUAGCUGCUUCACACGAUGCAAAAUUUAUAGAGACAUCCAGUGGAAUUCAACACAAUGUUGAUGAACUAUUGGUAGGAAUCCUAAAACAGAUGCGUUUGAAAGAAAAACGAGAAAAGAGAGCUACGUCAUCGAAGCUGAAAGCUUCUCGCACUCACAUAUCUUUGAAUAUGGCUAAGGAAAUACUGCAAAAGAUAUGUCUUACCGAUAUAUCCAAAUCAAAAAGCUGUGAGAAUCUACAUGUUCUAUAAGUAUCAGAAAAUAAUACCAACUACAUGGAGCGGAGUAUUCAUAGUAAACGUAUUCAUUGGAAAGCAAAUUGUGUGAAUGUUCUAUGGAACAGUAUAAAAAAUAUGUUUUAGGAUGUAUGUAUUGGGUGAAAUUUAUUUUCAAAAAACAGUGACUAUUACUUAGAAUAUAUGUAUUUAUACUUAGAUAAGUUUUAGCCAAAUGUUGAAUGAACUGUAAUGCAAAUCUGUUAGCUGUGCUGUCAAUUCUAAAUUGGAAAUAUAUAAACUUUACAACUACUGCAACUGAAUCACUAAAUAUUUAUAUAACGAAUGCAAGAAACGAAAUGAAAAUUUACGAAUUGUUUAAAAAUUAUACAAACUGUUUCGUAUAUCAACAAUCUACCUACAACGUUUAAUGACAAUGUACCUACAUAUUGCCAAAUUAUAUCACACAGUUGUGAUACUGUUUUUACCAGUUGAAACAAAUAUGAGCAAUACAUUGACACAAGCAUACUUGUAUUGCAUAUGAUAAUAUAUGUACAUAAAUAUGUUUUAAUAUACUAUUUAUAAUAAAACAUACAAAAAUGCGACUGUAUUCAGAUACUUGAUACUCGAGUAUGAGAAUAAUAAUUUCUUUCAAAAAAAUUUAUUACUUUUAUAUGUAAAGCUUAACUCUAAAUAAAAAGCAAAGAUUUCUUUAAGAGCCAUUUUAGUAAAUUGUUCAGUUAGAAACGUUCAAUAAUAAUACAUACAAGGUGCGUUCCAAAGUAAACAGGACGUUUUGAAUCUAGCUUCCCAAUUGAUGAAACAAGUUUAUGGCGAUGAUUGCCCAUCCCGUAGCAGAGUGUACGAAUAGUUUCAACGUUUUCAAAGGGGUCGUGAGGACAUAAAUGACGAUCAACGUGUGAGCCAAUCAAAAAGCAGCCGAUAAAUGCGCUGUCUCAUCGAUCGCUACUUGUGACCGAUUAUUUGACCAAAAAUCAACUUUUAACCAUUAACCACUUCCCGUAUUCACCUGAUAUGGCACCGUGCGACUUCUUCCUUUUCGGAAAAAUGCAUUUGCCCAUAAAAGGAAAGCGUUAUGCAGACGUAUAGGCCAUUCAAAAGGCUUGCACCAGCAUACUGGCGGCCAUACUGGCCAACGAGCUAAAAGACACGUUCGAGAUGCUUUUGGACCGUGAAAAAAGCUGUAUUGAAACAGAAGGGCACUAUUUUGAAUAAAAUAGUUCUGUUUACUUUGGAAAACACCUUGUAUUUUUUACAUUCAUUGUAUUCAAAUUCCAAAAUACUCAAAAUAGCGCAAAGAAGAGCUUAAGAUCAGUAUCUUAAUUUGGACAUUACCGCAUUCGAUAAUAAUGAUGUUCGAUAAAUACACAAAAUGGCUCAACUAUAUACAUAGGUAGUCGAUAUUCACUCGCAAAGUAUGUCAUAUUGGGCUGUUCUAUAACGGCAGCUUGACUAACGCUAUUAUUGAUCCAUAUUAUAUUAUAUUUUAUCUACUCGUAUAUACACUAUAUUUUAGAAGCUCAACUGAUGUUUAUAAUAGUAUUUUAUCUGAAUUUGACACAACUACUUAGAAUAUAAUAAAAUUAUACUCAAACAAAUAAGUUAUAGCUAACUUUUUAACACAAAUGGGUUUAUUUCUUUCUUUCUUCAUGCAGUAGCAAAAUUAUUGUGUUUUAGGAAUUUUAAUUAAAUUCAUGAAUUUAUUAAUUACAUACUUUAAGUAGAGUAUGCUGAUGUGUCCAGUAUCGAACAGCAUCUCUUGUUGAUACAAAAAAAGUAAAAGACGUAAUAAUUAAAAUUGUACAAGAGGUUAUGAUUCUUUGAAAACGGUCAAACAUGUUGAAUUAGAUUAUAUAUUGUUAAAUAAAGUCCUCCAUGUUGUAUUUUGUUUAUUAGUAACAUUUACUGACUUAAUACUUUAAUACUUGCCUUCUGCUCCAUUGCAUUUAAGGAGUUGGCACCACAUGUUUGUUUUAGCUGACUCCAAUUUGAUAUUUUUUUAGAAACUUUUUAAUGGUGGAAAUACGAUCGAAGAAGUUUAAUUGCUUUCCCAGCGAUCGUCAAUUUCAGUUAAAAUUGCAUCUUCCUUUGUUGAAUACGGAAAUUUUACAAAAUUAUUUUUUUAGACUGUAUCAAAUGAUAUUAAUUUUUUCAAAUUCUCAAUGAUAUGUCGAUGAAAGUGGAUUCAUAAGUACGUAUAGAAUAUGUACUUAUUAUAUUGUCAAUUUCUUUUACUGAAUACAAUAUAUGAUAUAAACAAAAUUUUUGGUAGCUAUGGCGUUGACUUAAACAGUGUUAAAGACUAUCUUCCAAUCUUAUCAAAAUAUACAUACAUAUACACACUUAUACAAACAUUAUAUUUCUAUAUAUGCAUAUUUGAGCUGUUAUAUAAUAUAAGGUACUUAGUGUACAUGUACAUUUAUAUAUAUUUUAAAUGCAUUUUCUUUAAGAGUAUAGACGCUUUAUGACUGUUAAAUGUUGACUAAUGUACAAAAUAAUAUUAAAAUUUAAAUAAAUGGUAUAAGUUUGUGUGCAAACUUCUAAAUAUAA